CAGGAAGGGGGAGGGGGGUGAACACUCCCGCGCUCUCGUAUCCAGCCCGCAACAUCCAGUAGUUUCGUUACUACAAGCAACAAAAAAACCGACUCCUAGCCAGGUUAUUCUUCUUCUCGGCAUUUUUCAUCGGUAUUUUUUUCGCGAGAAAGGAAGCCGGUAAAUUGACGCCUAUAUGAUUCAAGUUCAGGGGCGCGAUGGUUUCAGAGGUUCAGUCGGUGAGUGCGAGUGGCGGCGUUUAGGACGAUAUUUUGGCGAUUUGCCCAACGGCUCACGUGCUCUUCCUAGUCACUGGGACUAGUGUUUUUGGAAUUAGCAACGAUGAAAAGUGUGGUGAUAGUGCUUAUCAGUGGUUUGAUAUGUCAAGUUUUCGCCUCGUUCCCGUUCCUCUUAGCGCCGCGGUCGGCCGGUGUGUCCAAAAAGUGCAGGAUCCAAAGUGAAAUCUACGCGCAGUCCUUGGCUAAUUUGACCCAAUGGGCCGUCAAAAUGUACGACGCCUCGGCGAAGCUCCCUCACGGGGUGAUAGUGGGCAACAACUAUCAGUUCGGGAAUUUCGACGAGUGCAUCAGAGCGCACGUGGACCUGGGCCCGGUCCAGGGUGGCACGCUCGAUGGCCAGUACUGCCUCCUCCACUUUCAGUUGGGCACCGACGACCCCUGGCAUCCGCCCAGAUUUGACCUCGAGACGGACCCCUUUGAGUCCGUUUGGAAUAAAUUGAAGCCGUCUGGUGAGAUAUCAAUUUGGAAGAGAAAUUACUUGUAUUACGGUGCUUGUGUACCGGCUUCUUGUACUCCUAACGACGUACUACUCACCGUUAAAGAAAUGAUGAGAAACUAUCCGAUCAGUGAAAACAUCACGGUGAGUCUGGAACCAGCUCAGUGCCAAACCCGAAAGUCAAUCACACAGUAUAAAGAAUUUUCAUCUUUCGACAUCCUAAUCCUAUCUCUCCUCUUCGGACUAGCAGCUCUCGUUUUAUACAGCACUGCGUAUGAUUUUUGGCAUUACAGAAAACAAGAACAAAAGAUAGGCGGUGCAACUGAGCGAGUGCUGUUAUGUUUUUCGGCUCGGCAAAAUUUGCCAGACUGCAUUAUGCCGCGAAAAACCGUCCCGGAAUUCGAUUUCCUCUCUGGCACACGCACUCUUUUCACGAUCCUUGUCGUCUAUGGUCAUCGCUGGAGGAUGAAUGUCCAAGCCCCACUGCAUGACGUCACUCCAUAUGAAGAGAAAGCACGCGAAUUCAGCGUCCUGAUAACCUGCCUUAUUGUUGUCAAUUCCUUUUUGUCGAUCAGUGGAUUCCUAACUGGAUACCUUUUCUACCCAGAACUUGAAAAGUGGGAUGAGAGGAAGAAAUUGAGCCUCAAAAUCAUUGUAGCCCCAGUAAUCUACCGUCUUUUGAGGUUCACGCCAUUAUAUGCAGUGGUGAUUUUGUUGAACCUCUCCAUCCUACCGAAACUUGGCGAAGGUCCUCUAUGGCCAUCGAUGGUUGGUAAAGAAGUAUCAAGAUGCUCAAAAACGUGGUGGACCAACAUGCUCUACAUCAACAAUUACGUCCAAGCUAAUGAUAUGUGCAUCUACCAGUCUUGGUACUUGUCAACCGACUUGCAACUCUUCCUUUUGGCUAUGAUACUUCUUUACAUCACCAAGAAAUCCGAAAAAGUUGGUCUGACCCUAUUCGGACUGCUGAUAAGUGGUUCAAUACUUUGGCAUGGAAUAUUGCUCUAUUUGAGGAGUGACUUUGCGUAUCUAACCGUCGAUGAACAAUCGAUGCGAGCUAUUCCUGACGUGUACUACUACGUCACGUAUUACAUUCCAGCGCAUUUUCGUCUAGCACCUUACAUGAUCAGCACUCUUCUCGGCUUGUUGCUCCAUAAAUGGAAGGACACCCCUUCUAACAUUUCGACGCUCCAGGCAAACAUCUUAGGAGCCGGUCUGGUCGUCUUCAUGGCAAUCGUCAAAGAGAGUGGGAACCUCUUUGCUUUAUUGGAAUACAGUCUCAGGUUCCAUCGAUUUGCCACGGCGAUCUAUGGAUGUCUACACGCUGCACUUUGGUCGCUUGGCUUUUCUCUUCUAAUCAUGCUCAACUUCCGUAAACGGAUAGGAUGGGCGAUACUAAUAUUCAACUCUUAUCCGUUUUUGAUGAUAAAUAAAUUGUCAUUUGGUACAUAUUUGAUUCACUCAAUAGUUCAUACUUACGAAUAUGCAUCCUUACGUGUACCCAAAGUUCCUAGUCGAUUUCAUGAGUACUGGCUCACAGCAGGAGACAUUGUAUUCACAAACGCACUUGCCUUGGUUUUGUGUGUUCUCGUUGAAAUGCCAUCGAGUAAACUAGUCAAACUCUUGUUCUCCAACGCAAGACCUAAACCAGAGAUUAAAGAUCCACAGAAAAUCUCUCGAUUGGAUUCAAACGAGAACUUGCGAGAGGAUGUUAAAAACAACGAUAUCAUAAAACAUGCAGCUUCCAACGGAAACGCCAAAAAUGGUUUCAUGAACGGACACGCCAACAAGGAGAUGGCAAUGAGUGGAAAAACGGAUGGUUUCACCCCUGAUGAAAGGCACGAACUUACGCAUAGAAUUAGCUACAAUAGGGUGGCAGAUUUAAUUCACGGAUAUGAGAAAAAAGAACUUUAGGCCUCUCAGAGUAACCGGAUGGCCGGUUAGCGCCUGACUAUUUUAAUCUUGACUCCGAGGAGUGAUAUCAUAAGCAGAUCUCAAUGUAAAAAUCACCCCUUGUAAGUAUCGAGACUUUAUCGCCUCUUUGCUGAACGAACCUGAUCGAUGAAACCCUAAUUUGAAAUUUUAUGUAUCCGUAGAAGCCACUCGGCAAACUGUGGGUCGAUUUUCAAAAAUUGACCCGCUGCGGGAUUCAUAUCAAAACUUCAUUUCUCAUUUGUCGAAUGACUUAGAUCAAUAGCAGUCGAAUCUGUAUACUAGAAGUAACCAGACAAUCAUGUUAAAUAAAUGCAUUGGACGUGGCUUAAUGCAUACUCCGCAUUGUUACCAGAAUAUAGUGAUUUGUACCGCGCGGCGUGACGCACCGUUUGCUCCCAUAUUUUAGCCGAGCAGACUAAACAGUUCCUAAGGGUGAAACAGUUGUCUAUCCGUCCGAUUGAGGGCAAAUAUACCGUUGCGCCAUUGAAGUCUCGCUCCGUGCAGUACGCGCCUUCAAUUGGAACAGUUUACCAAGGAAAGCAUUUACAAGUCGAAAUAGUUGCAUACUCCUUUAAAAUGAAGGCGUCCCACGAUUUAUGCUUACUUUGCCACCACGUUCUGUGGUGCGUGACGUUUUACCUCUUCAUUCCGGCCAGGUAGCACAAUGUAGCUCCCAUGAUACUGUGUGUAGGAAUACUUACAUCAAUGAAAUACCUGGAGAUUGACAUUUUCGUAUUUUCAAAAAAGAAAUCCAUCUUGAGACUGAAAUUCGCAAGAUCGAUGAUGCCUGAAGUCGAAACUUGCGUAUCGAUGGCUAUAGUACGACACCACGUAUCUUAAUUGCGGUGUUUCAAAAUCUCCGCUCCUAGUUUACUUUUUCGACGAGGAAUAAGUCAACUUUAUAGCUUGAAAUGUUUACAGAAUAUUCGACCAGCAAAUAGGGAAAAUCAAGGAAGUUUACAGGAAAUUACGUUGACUAGUUUUCCAAGAAAAACAUAGGACUAAAAGUUUACGACGUCACGAACAGAAACAAGUGGUCUCGCACUUUAGCCAUCAGUAUCGUGAGGUGUUUUAAAGCCUAAUUCCGCCAAUGCCUGCCACAUUUUAUUCUACUAAUGAAUGGUCGGCCGUUCUUGAAAAAUUGUGCAUUAUUUCUCUCUUCAACUCAAUGAUACUCUUCAAAAUUUUCAUGCGAAAAUAUUGAUGAGUCUUCGUGAAAAUGUACAUAAGCACUUCCUCAUUCCGUAAGAAUGCAAAAACUUUUAUUUCUAGGAAAAUUGAACCGAUUAUUUACCAUAUCUCGUAAGCGCCAAAAUUGCGAAUUCGAGGAAAACGAGAAGAAAACGUUUUAUUCGAUCUGAUGACAAUUUUCUAAUUCCAAAAAAAUGUAUGUUCUUUUAGAAGGAUAUUUUGAAAUCAGAUAUGAUUGCAUGCCAGAGAAAAUUAAGAGAAAACAACCCCUCCACUAUCAACAUAGGGGUUAGUGCUUACGUGAUUUGGAAAAUAAUAGGUUCAAUCCCCCCCUCCCCUGUAAAACUACCUCAAGGGAGGUAUGCAUACGUGUGCAGUCAUAAGAAUACCAGCCAACGGUAGGUAGUCCGUCUCUGAGAAUACUUUUUGACAUUAAAAGGCUGAAUGUAAUCUAAAUUUUUGGAAGAAUAUUGACUAUCUUUGUACAUAGAAUGUUUAAAAAAUAAUUUAAUAUAAUUGUGAAGCUCAUUUUUUUGUGAUGCACCGAUGCUCUUUUGCAGGGUGCGUAAGUUUUCAGAUGUGAAUAUUGCCAAAUUAUCUCCAUUUUCAUAAAGAGAGGAUAAAACGGAUCAGUGAGAGGUAGAAGCAAUUCUUUCGAAAAUAACUAGUCCGAAUGGAUCCGUUUCCCAUUCCUCACCAUGAAUCCAAAUCAGUGGCGUGGCGUGCUUUGCGAUAUAUCGAUCGAUCUGUCAUUUAAACCUAUGGAAAAAAAUCGAUGAACAGAGUGGUCGCAGCGAACAUCUUAAUAAUCGAUUCUUUACCAUAGGUUUAAAUGGCAUAACAAUCGAUACAUCGCAAUUCACGCCACGCCACUGAUCCAAAUCGUGAAAAGUUCCCAGCCGAUUGAGUAUCUUUUUUUCUUUACCAUAUAAUGUCUCGCUUGGAAAUGAUGUAUAAGUAACUUUGUUCGAUGAGCGUUUACCAUUAGAUGUAUUUACGUUAGAUGAUAAGUUGUAGUGUAAUUAUUUAUUUCUUUGUGCCUAAUAAACUGACCAAAAUAAAAUUCCCAGAAA